AUGGCUGAAAACGACGCACACGGUCCGCCCCUCGACCAGGUGCCUGCCGAUGCCGUCCGUGCCGAAGUCGAGCUGUACGACAUGUCGGACGUCGCGGACUUCUCGUGGCACUCUGACCUGAAGGCCACUGGCGACGAAUGCACAUGUAAGCGUUGGCGAUGUCGACGCCGUGCCUAUGAUGGUCUCGGGAACGUCGAGAUUGGUGUUCGAACAGAAGAAAUGCCAAUGGAAACUGGAGUCGACUGGUACAACUACUGCCGCGAGUUGUGUUCGAUGGAGAUGCUGCGUACACCCAUGAUGUUCGGACAAGCUCGGGUCGUACGUGCUUCAAACGAGCAGCAUACUCUGGCCAACAACCCGUUACUAGCCGACCAAGGCUACAGUCACGAGUGGGUGAACCACACGGAAAACUUUGUGAACCCCGUCAACGGUGGUCAUACACAAUCCAUUGAAGGUGCAUGGGAAAUUCGCAUCAAGCGCUUUUCCAAAGCGAUGCGCGGCAUGCACCGUCCCCACCUUCCAUCGUACUUGGACGAGUACCUAUGGCGAAGUACAAUGCGACGGUGCAACAAUACAUGUUAA